AUGCCUAAAUAUGCUAAGUUCUUGAAGGACCUCUUAUCCAACAAGAAGAAAUUAGAAGAGAUUUCGAUUGUGACUUUAGGAGAAGAGUGUUCUGCGGUGGUUCAGAAUAAACUACCUCAGAAAAUGACAGAUCCGGGUAGUUUCACUAUCCCGUGUUUAUUUGGUAGUUCUUCUGUGAGUCACGCGUUGGCCGACUUAGGUGCUAGCAUCAAUCUAAUGCCUUAUUCAAUUUAUUCUAAGCUAGACCUUGGAGAGCCUGUUCCGACGCGGAUGAGUAUUCAGUUAGCAGAUAGGUCGGUGAAGUAUCCUAGGGGGAUAGUGGAAAAUGUUCUGGUGAAGGUGGAGAAGUUUGUUUUUCCGGUCGAUUUCGUGAUCUUAGACAUGAAGGAGGAUGAGAAAGUUCCUCUAAUUUUAGGGCGACCGUUUCUUGCUACCGCGAAGGCAUUGAUCGAUGUCUUUGACGGUAAACUCACUCUUCGUGUUGGUAGUGACACGGUUACUUUUGAAAUUAAAGAGUCCAUGCAGCACAUCGGUGCUAGGGAUGAUACGCUUUAUUUCAUCGACUUUUUUAUGUCUCAUGUUGGUGAUAGUCUGCGUAGGUUCUGUGGAGGAGAGCACGAGUUAGAUUCCUUAGAGGAGAGUUUAGUAGAGCAGGAAGCCGUAGUAGUAGCCCUGGCGAGUGAAACCCCUAAGGAGAGUGAAGAGAGUGUAGAGAAUGAGAUAGUAGUAACUGUAGAAAAGCCUUCGGUUGAGAGUCCACCAUUGUUAGAACUUAAGAAAUUACCCGAUCAUAUCGAGUAUGCAUUCUUGGAUGACGAGGCGCGCUUGCCCGUCAUUAUCUCAUCCGACUUGACAUCCGAGGAGAAGAAGAGGUUGGUAGAUGUGCUUAGGGAUCACAAGCGUGCCAUUGCAUGGAAGCUUGUAGAUAUAGAGGGACGGGUUCAAACCCGUGGUGCAACCUCAGAGGAGGUUGAACCCGAACAUGUAGGAGGUGGUGAAAAAGGAGGUGUUGAAGCUUCUUGA